UGUUAUUGUACCUCUUACAAACGUCUGCAGUUAGUAUUAUAUAACUUCGUGAUAUGAUUAGCACUAAAAUGCCUAAAAUAUUGAUCGCUGGUAGUGGAAUUACAGGAAGUUUAGUGGCAGCCUCACUACUCCAGCAAGCAAAAGAAAAUGUUGCUAAUCAAUUACAACUAUCUAUCUGGGAAAAAGCCAAAGGCACUGGUGGUCGCAUGUCUACCAGUCGAAGUCCUCACAACAGCUCAUGUGUCGCUGAUUUGGGAGCUCAGUACAUAACAUGCAAACCUUAUUAUGCCCAAGAACACAGCAAAGAAUAUGAAGAGCUAUUGUCCAAAGGAGUUUUAGAGCCAUUAAAGAUUAGCAUCAAUAAUUGUCAUGAGCAUGAACCAGGAACGAAGCAUUAUGUUGCACCAAAUGGAAUGAGUUCAAUUGCCAAAUACUUUAUUAGCCAAUCUGGAUGUCAACCGGAAUUUGAACACCACAUUUCUACAAUUACUAAAGAGGAUAAUAAAUGGUCUGUGUCAACUCUUCAAGGAAAAGUGGAACUAUUUGAUGCAAUUGUAUUGACAAUCCCUGUUCCCCAAGUUCUGCAGUUAAAGGGCACAGUAGCAGAAAUUCUUGAAAAUAAUCAAGAAAUGAAAACAAAACUUUCAACUGUAGAAUACAGUUCCCGUUACGCCGUUGGGUUGUAUUAUGAUCAAGGUGCCGAGCUGAAUUUACCGUUUAAGGCAUCCUACUUGAAGGAUGAUCCCGUAUUUCGUUAUAUCGCAGUUGACAAUCUAAGACGAAAUCGUCCUGAGCUUCCAACUUCGGUGGUAUUCCACACGUCAGUCCCGUUUGGUUUGAAACACGUCGAGUUGAGUAUUCCUGAAGCCGAACCUAUUUUAAAAGAGGCUAUACAGCGAUCGUUUCCAGGUUUACCUGAACCGAAAGCAUUUAAAUGCCAAAAGUGGAGAUACUCUCAGGUAACGAAAUCGUACGAAGAUCAGCCAGGUGUAUUGGAGCUCGCCCAAGAGCCGCCUUUACUAGUCGGAGGGGACGGAUUUACCCAUUCGAACUUAGAUGGUUGUAUCUCGUCAGCCAGAAAGGUAGUCCAGCAUCUUGUGUCUAAAACAGCCAUGCUUUAACAGCACACUACCUUUCAUAUAACAUAACUGUAAAUUUCGAACCUUACAGAAGUAUUAAAUUAAAAGAUACGGUUUGUCUCGUCUUGUUAAUCGCUCCAAGACGGGUCGGAUCUUGAGAAGGAUAGUGAAUGCCAGAUUGACCCUCGACAAGAAAACUUGGAAGUUCGGGCUGAUUAGGCGUAGGGUUAGGUGGUGGA